AUGGGGCGUUUGUUGGAUGCUAGUCGCUGUAUUAAAUUGUUGAAACCGAUCUGUCGAAAGAUGGCAUGUUAUCACAUUGAGUGGAAACCAAGACCAUAUCCGUGCACUAAAGAGGAACGAGAAGCAGCUGCAAGACGUUAUAACCUCAUGCCAUCUGAUUAUAAACCGUUUGAAGAGAAUAGCAUACCACCGGGUGACUACUUCUAUACAGAACCUUAUAAUGUAAAAAAUCUUGACCCUUGGGAACAUUAUGACUAUCCACGUGAAAGACGGAAUUUCGGUGAUCCUGUUCAAUUUUUAGCCCAGGCGUAUACUGCUGACGGAUUUGAUCCCGUAGCGUUGCGGGAAAACUUAAAGGGCCAACCAAUUUGGUGGGUGCUUAUCAAAAUUUUCUCGCCAUUUAUCGGUUUCCUUAUUUUACUGCACGUCUGUCGAGGAUAUUCCUAUUUCUACCCAAUGAAAGCGAAGCAAUUCCCGUAUGCAAAGGACAUGGAUAAACAUUAUACAUUUGACAUACCAGAAUAA